CCACCCCACCAUCUCUGCCACGCCCUUCGCGACCACGCCCACCUGCCUCACGGCCCCUGCCCCGUAGCUCGCGGCGCUCGCCCAGCCUGACCCUCUCGUGCCCCUGCGUCUACGCGCGGCCCCCUCGCUUCCUGCCCCCUUCUCACCCCCCUUCAUUGGCUACUUGUUCCCACCCUCCAUGAUCCUGUUCCUUCCGAGGGCGUCUUAGGAGAGCUGGAUCCUGCACGCACCCCGGCCUCCUCUCCGACCCCUUCCCAAUUUGGACCCAGGUUUUCCAAUGAAAAUGUAAUUAUGUAAAUCAGUAAGCAUUUGUAACUACGAAUAUCACAAAAAUAAGCUUCAAGUCUGGAUUUAGAAGUGAAGCAUGCAUUUUAAACAAAGAAUUGCAAUGCAAUUGAAAAAACACAUUGAUCCCAGAGCAGAGUGUGGAUUACACUGUCACUGGAAAAAUAAGAAUUGAGAAGAAGGAAAAGACUGGAAGAUGCAGACUUUGGUUCCUGUUAGUGGAAACACUGUAAAGUCCCGGUAGAAAUGGAGAAGAAAAUGAAAUAAAGCAGCAGUUAUGAGGCAGAGCCUAAGAGAACUAUGGCAACAUCAGGUGACUGUCCCAGAAGUGAAUCGCAGGAAGAAGAGCCUGCUGAGUACAGUGAGGCCGGUCUCCUGCAGGAGGGAGUACAGCCAGAGGAGUUCGUGGCCAUCGCAGACUAUGCUGCCACUGAUGAGACCCAGCUCAGUUUUUUGAGAGGAGAAAAAAUUCUUAUCCUGAGACAAACCACUGCUGAUUGGUGGUGGGGCGAGCGUGCGGGCUACUGUGGGUACAUUCCAGCAAACCAUGUGGGGAAGCAGAUGGAUGAGUACGACCCCGAAGACACGUGGCAGGAUGAAGAGUACUUCGGCAGCUAUGGGACUCUGAAACUCCACUUGGAAAUGUUGGCAGACCAGCCACGAACAACUAAAUACCACAGUGUCAUCCUGCAGAACAAAGAAUCCCUAACGGAUAAAGUCAUCCUGGACGUGGGCUGUGGGACUGGGAUCAUCAGUCUCUUCUGUGCACACUAUGCGCGGCCUAAAGCGGUGUAUGCGGUGGAGGCCAGUGAGAUGGCACAGCACACGGGGCAGCUGGUCCUGCAGAAUGGCUUUGCCGACAUCAUCACCGUGUUCCAACAGAAGGUGGAGGACGUGGUACUGCCCGAGAAGGUGGAUGUGCUGGUGUCCGAGUGGAUGGGGACCUGCCUGCUGUUUGAGUUCAUGAUCGAGUCCAUCCUGUAUGCCCGGGAUGCCUGGCUGAAGGAGGACGGGGUCAUUUGGCCCACCAUGGCCGCAUUGCACCUUGUGCCCUGCAGUGCUGAUAAGGACUAUCGUAGCAAGGUGCUCUUCUGGGACAACGCGUACGAGUUCAACCUCAGCGCUCUCAAAUCUUUAGCAAUUAAGGAGUUUUUUUCAAAGCCCAAGUAUAACCACAUUUUGAAACCAGAAGACUGUCUCUCUGAACCGUGCACUAUAUUGCAGUUGGACAUGAGAACCGUGCAAAUUUCUGAUUUAGAGACCCUGAGGGGCGAGCUGCGCUUCGACAUCAGGAAGGCGGGGACCCUGCACGGCUUCACCGCCUGGUUUAGCGUCCACUUCCAGAGCCUGCAGGAGGGGCAGCCGCCGCAGGUGCUCAGCACCGGGCCCUUCCACCCCAUCCUGGACACGCGUGGCGGUGGAGCCGCCUUUGGGGCCCAGCAGGCCUUCCCUUUGAAACUGGGGUGGGGUUGGCUGCCCCGCUCUGGCACCUGCCCCGCCCUGGCACCUGCCCUGCUGACUCCCCAGCGUGAUGGCCCCACGAGGGGACCCCGGCUCCAGGGAGGUCGCAGACGUGUGGAGUUGAUGCCCUGGCCUGGCAUGUGGUCCCCAUCACAAGAGUCCUGUGGUAACCUCUCUAGUGCCGUCACCGAGUGGAGCAUCACACACUGGAAGCAGACGCUGUUUAUGAUGGACGACCCAGUCCCUGUCCGUACUGGAGACGUGGUCACAGGUUCAGUUGUGUUGCAGAGAAACCCAGUGUGGAGAAGGCACAUGUCGGUGGCUCUGAGCUGGGCUGUCACUUCCAGGCAAGACCCCACAUCUCAAAAAGUUGGAGAAAAAGUGUUCCCAAUCUGGAGAUGACAGUUGAGGCUUUAUUUGGAAAGCAGUGUGCGUAUCCUGAGGGGUGACGAACACAAGCAACCCAAGAUGCACCUGGCUGCUGCACACUCCUGCGAAGUCGGUGAACGUUCACGCCACAUUGACCCCUCCCCAGCCUGGCAGGUGACGUCAGGGCCCUUCACAAACACGCUUGGGCUCGGCAGGAGCUGCCGUGGCCACCCCCGCUGCCCAGUGUCUGCCCUCUAGAAGUAGGCUGUGUUUCUAGGUGUUCACCCGUGGUGUCCACAGUGCUGACCCGUGGCUAGGUCAGAGCUCCAUGUUCCUAAGCUAGGUCUAGGUCCACACUCCUAGAACGCCCGCAUAUCAGCCUGUGUACCCUGUGACAGUGACUGUUCCCGCCUCCUGUGUUAGUGGUGCCCUUACUGCCAUCGCUCAUCCACUCGUGUGGGAUGUAGGAUUGCACAGGGCUGUGCCAGUGCCGUGUAGGGAACACCGCCCUGGCUCAGCGCGGGAGCUGAGGUGGCGAUGCACGCGAUGGGACUCUGCAUGGGAUAGUUUUGUAGACGUCUUCCAAAUGAAUUAUGUGUUGGCGCAUUGCACAUGCUCAAUAAAUAUUUUUAAAUGAGUGAA